ACUCCUCAAUCAAUGCAGGCUCCAUGCUCUCAUCCAGGCCUCUGACUCCCUCUGACUGAGCGUUUGUUCAUUGUUUUCCCCCUCAGCUGGACUGCAGUCGGUGGGUGUACACCUGCACCACAGCGGGCCUCGGAGCGGCUUGAGAUCUGAUUCAGGGUCUGCCGGGCGAACAGAGAGCAUUACAGGGCCCGCCAUUUCCCCUCCUCAGUGGUCUCCUUUUCGUUCAUAGCGCUUUAACGCCGAGCAGCGGCGGCAGCGGCAGGAGGAGGAAGAGGAGGAGGAGGAGGAGCGGUGAGGCGAGCGGCGGCGGCGGAGGCAGGCAGGCAGGCAGGCAGGGAUCCGGUGUGCUACAUCGGGAUGAGAGCGAGACAGAGACCCGGGUUGGAUGAGUCAGCGAGCGGACCCUGCAAACCGUGAGACCUGAAACCAACAAGAGUAGAGACCGGGAGCCGAACGGCGCCACAAACAAGAAACAACCUAACAAUUUUUGAUUGUUGUCAGAUUCCGCUUCUCUUUAUUCCGCCCUCCCCUGGUCCGUGUCUGCCAUAGCCAGGUUUUGAUUUUAUAUCCUCCAAGCCGGGGGACAGAAAGGGGGGGCCCAGCCGGCAAAGGUUGCGGAGGAGGUGGAGGUUUUAUUAUUUUAUUAUUUUAAAGCUGAACACAGACUAAGCUCUACAUUUUUAACGCCUUUUGUGUCGAGAGAGUGAAGCGAAGAUGUCGGGCCAGAGCAUUACGGACCGGAUCACCGCAGCCCAGCACAGUGUAACGGGAUCCGCUGUGUCGAAAACAGUAUGCAAGGCCACCACACACGAAGUCAUGGGUCCGAAAAAGAAACAUUUGGACUAUUUGAUCCACUGCACCAACGAGAUGAACGUCAACAUUCCCCAACUGGCCGACUCGCUGUUUGAGCGGACGACCAACACCAGCUGGGUGGUCGUGUUUAAGUCUCUUAUCACCACACACCACCUCAUGGUCUACGGCAACGAGCGUUUUGUCCAGUACCUGGCUUCAAGGAAUACACUUUUCAACCUCAGUAAUUUUUUGGACAAAAGCGGGUUACAAGGUUAUGACAUGUCCACGUUUAUCAGGAGGUACAGUCGGUAUCUGAACGAGAAAGCUGUUUCAUACAGACAAGUCGCCUUCGACUUCACGAAAGUUAAGCGCGGCGUGGACGGCGUAAUGAGAACCAUGAAUACAGAGAAGCUGCUGAAGACGAUCCCCAUCAUUCAGAACCAGAUGGACGCCCUCCUCGAUUUCAAUGUCAAUGCCAACGAGCUGACUAAUGGAGUCAUCAAUGCAGCCUUCAUGCUCCUCUUCAAAGACUCCAUCAGGCUGUUUGCUGCUUAUAAUGAAGGCAUUAUCAACCUGCUCGAGAAAUACUUUGACAUGAAGAAGACCCAGUGUAAAGAAGGCUUGGACAUUUAUAAGAAGUUUCUCACCAGAAUGACUCGGAUAUCAGAGUUCCUCAAAGUAGCAGAGCAGGUGGGCAUCGAUCGAGGAGACAUUCCAGACCUUUCUCAGGCUCCCAGCAGCCUUCUGGAAGCUCUGGAGCAGCACUUGGCCUCUUUAGAGGGCAAGAAGGUCAAAGACUCCACCGCAGCCAGCAGGGCCAGCACUCUCUCAAAUGCCGUGUCAUCGCUGGCCAGCACGGGGAUGUCCUUCACUAAAGUGGAUGAGCGGGAGAAGCAGGCAGCCCUCGAAGAGGAACAGGCUCGACUCAAAGCGCUGAAGGAACAGAGGCUCAAGGAGCUCUCAAAGAGGCCCUCCUUCUCCACCACCGACACAUCACCGAUCUCCACCACCGGGGGCACCAUCAGCACAGCACCAGCCAUCGACCUCUUCUCCACACCCAGCUGCUCUAAUGGGGCAGUGAAGAUGGAGAGCGAUCUCUUUGACCUGCAGUCAACUUUCCAGCCCUCCAUGCAGUCCGGCUCAACAGGGCUUCCAGUGGCAACAGCGUGGGCAGAUCCUUUCACCUCUGCUGAAGCUGGAGAUGAUUCCAUGCCAAACCUUAACCCUUUCCUCUCAAAACUCGUUGUCGAUGCCACUCACUUACCUGUCGUGUCUUCAGAUGGUGUUAGCUUUUCCUCUAGGACAUCUGGUCAUGAAAUGUUUGGUGAUCGUUACAAUCCCUUUAUUGACACAAACUCAUCCGUUUCAACCAAUUACAAACGCACAGUGCGGAUAGAACACUCCAUCUCAGACUCCUUCUGUGGUCCAGUGUCCAUUGCCCAGCACCUCCCACACCAGGCUCCUUUCCCCACUGAGCCCUCUACUGUAGCAGGUCUAUUCAGAGGAUACUCAACGCCACAGCCCCCUCCUCAGCAGUCUGGAGGGGGUCUCCAGGUGGACUUCGAGUCAGUUUUUGGAGCCAAAGCCACAGGCAGCAACAGUCUCAAUUCUGACGAUAUCACCGGAGGCAUCUUGAAACCGACUCUCGCCGGCUCCAACCAGCCGUCUGGCCAGCUGCCAGAGAAGCUGGUGUCAGAUGACCUUGACUCCUCGCUGGCUAACCUUGUCGGCAACCUGGGUAUUGGGAACGGCACGAUGAAAAAUGACAUCCAUUGGAGCCAGCCAGGGGAGAAGAGGAUGACCGGCGGCACCAACUGGCAGCCCAAAGCGGCACCAACCACGACCUGGAACCCCGUUUCCAUGCCUCCGUCAAUCAUGGCCUUCCCUGCCACCACACCCACAGGCAUGAUGGGAUACGGCAUGCCUCCACAAAUGGGCUCUAUGGGGAUGAUGAAUCCACCCACUAUGAUGUACUCGCAGCCUGUGAUGAGGCCACCUAACCCUUUUGGCUCUGUGUCGAGCGCUCAGCCCUCCGCAGCCUCUAGUCCUUCCAGCCAGAGUCCUCUCCGAGCCCCUGGACAGGACCCGUUUGCACACCUAUCUCUCAAGGAUUUCUUGUAGAGCAUCUCUUUAGAUGCAGUUCAUGUAAUUUGAAGAAAAGUGUCUCUCAGAAGAUGAAGCACUUAGCAGCAAAGCUUUGUCCUCGUUGCAGUCUAACUCUUCAGAGAAACAUUUACAUGCACACACUUACACACACUCCCAAACACAGACAUGUCAAGAACACAAUGGUGCAACGACUGUCAGAAACCAUGGUAACCAUGUCCAAAUGACGUUUGGCGCUAGCUCACACCCAUUAUUCUGUAACUUGUCCAAGACGUCGAGUGAUGCUGCUGUCUAACUCCCCUUAAAGAGGAUUCCUUAUCCAUUUUACAGCCCGAUCUGUAAAGAUAGUACUGGGUGCGGAGAAACUUUGAUGUUAUGUAUUUGGACAAACUGUGGCUGGAUGCAAAACGGCUCGAUGUUCAGCUGGGGAGGGGGCGGAGGGAAAGCGGAGAGUGGUCCUCCCCUUUCUUGAUCCGAUCAUCAGUCAUCCGUUCCCCACAGUUAUUUAACUGUCACUAAGUAGUGAUGCUAAUGGCGUUUACACCUGUUUAGUUUUUGUCUUUUUUACCGUGUUUACAGUAGACAUUCCUUGUGUGUUGUUUGUAUUUAUUUAUGAUUAUUGGUUUAAGAUUGGGGGAAAAUAAUGUAAAAUCUACAGUACAUUGAACACCUGUGGGAGUGCUUCAGCAUAAAACAAGGAUCUCAGACUAUCAUUGAGAGGUAGAGUAAAAAAUAGCUAUUAUAUAAAUUACACCUAUUAAGCGGAAUGAUAGAGCACUAAAUAUUCUACAAGUUUUGUGUUAAGAAAAUUUUUUACUAGAUGAAAGAUUU